AUGGCUAGUGACAACGAUAAAAGUUCAAACAAUCAUAACUUGGAUAGUUCGGUGAAAAGUACCAAGAUACCAAUAAACAGCGGCAGCAACGGUGAGAACGAGGAGAAAAAUGUGGGUGUGCAUCGUCUGGGAAAAGGUGGUCGACAUUUAUCAAUACCAUUUGAUUCAGCUACAACUAAUGGUGAUAUAAUUAGUUGUAUAGUUUAUGAAGAACAUGCCAAUAUGGAUGAUUUUUUUCGGAGAGCUAGACCGAGGCACCGGCCUGUAAAUGAUGAUACUCAAAGUGAUUGUGGAGUUUUAGAUAUUGAUGAAGAAAAUUAUAAAACAGACAGACGCGGAUUGACAGGUUAUAAUGGAUUUUCUAUAAUAUAA